CCCGCGGCCGUGACGGCCGGGAUUGACGUGUUCCCCACGUCAAAUUGAUCCCAAGUAGCGGCGGGGGAAACCGGCCCGGAGCCGCCAGGACACCCCCGCCGCCCGCCCAGCCCAGCCGGGCCGCGCUCCGCCGCUCCGGGGGCCCGUCUAUGCCGGGGCCGGGGCUGGGGCUGCGGCGCGGCGGGCAGGCGGUGCCCCCUCCCCGGGCGGAGCGGCGCUGCCCCGGCGCCGGGCGAUGGAGCACACCUACGGGGAGGUGAACCAGCUGGGAGGUGUCUUCGUCAACGGGCGGCCGCUGCCGAACGCGGUGCGGCUGCGGAUCGUGGAGCUGGCGCAGCUCGGCAUCCGGCCCUGCGACAUCAGCCGCCAGCUCCGCGUCUCGCACGGCUGCGUCAGCAAGAUCCUGGCCCGCUACAACGAGACGGGCUCCAUCCUGCCCGGGGCCAUCGGCGGCAGCAAACCGCGGGUCACCACCCCGGCCGUGGUCAAGCACAUCCGUGACUACAAGCAAGGCGACCCCGGCAUCUUCGCCUGGGAGAUCCGCGACCGGCUGCUGGCGGACGGCGUCUGCGACAAGUACAACGUGCCCUCGGUCAGCUCCAUCAGCAGGAUCCUGCGCAACAAAAUCGGCAGCCUCUCGCAGCCCGGCCCCUUCGAGGGUAGCAAACAGCCGCCCCCCCAGCCCGCCCUGCCUUACAGCCCCAUCUACCAGUACCCAUACCCCGGCCCCAUGGCCUCGACCGCAGCCAAGGUGGGGGCUCACCCCGGCGCUCCCCACGUCGGGCUGCCCCGCUCCUGGCCCUCGGCGCACUCCGUCACCAACAUCCUGGGCAUCCGCACCUUCGUGGAGCAGACGGGGGCUCUGGCUGGCACAGAGGGGUCUGCCUACCCCCCCAAAAUGGAAGACUGGCCCAGCGUGAACAGGACGGCGUUUCCCCCGGGCCAGGCAGUCAACGGCAUCGACAAGGCUGCCAUGGAGGGAGAUAUCAAAUACCCGCAGCCGGCCCCGGGGCUGUCGUCGGUGGGCAGCUUCCUCCCAGCCUGCGCCUACCCCCCGUCCAACCAACACGGCGUCUACGGCGGCCCACCCGGCGGCUACAUCCCCCCGGGGCACCCCUGGCAGCCGCAGGGCAGCCCCUUGGCCCACCACGGCCCCGGCGUGGCGACCCACGGCGGCGACCUGGCCGCGGCGAUGGCGUUCAAGCAGCCCGGGAGGGAAGUGGUGGACAGAAAACCUACCAGUCCCGUGGGGAAAUCUUCAGACUCUCUAAACACCAUCCAUGGACUCUCUAUCCCAGCCUCCUCUUCCUAGAGCCACCGAGCAGCAGGCUGGAGACAGUGACUCUUGGAAUAAGCACAUGCAAACUGUAACGGAAGCCUGGAGUGCCACCGAGCUGUGCCCAAAGUGCCGUCAAACUGUGCCCAAAGUGCCACCCCCCCCAGAAGGUGCCUGUUGGGAUGAGGAGUAGCCUGUGUGCUGAGAGGUGCCAUCGUCCCCCUGCAAUUCCCAGUGCAGGGAAGCACGGUUGGGAUGUUUGCUCACGCUGGCUGGACACUUUACCUCAGAAAGGGGUGACAGAGGAGACUCAAUCUUCCUUCUUUGUAUUGUUCCCCCCCCCCUUGCUUUCAGUUUUUCUUUCUCCUUCUGAAGACUUGGAUGCAGGGCAGCAAACGCCUCCAUGCCAAGACAGUGCCAGGAGCACCGCAGCUCCGUUAGGGGCCAAGGGAGCGUGUUUCCUCCAAGGAAGGGUUUCUGGCUUCCCCAGGCUGCAGCCGUGUGAUGGAGCCCUCCCCAUUGGAGCCCCCCAGAGCCCCUGCCCCGGGGCAGACAUGGACAAAUGUGCCACGGCGGUGCGUGAUCUAUUUUUAUAACAAGCCUUAAUAAAAGUGACUCCCGUGGGCACACG